CAUCCAACACUGCGAAAACUGCCGCGUCACUUCCUAACCGCCAUUUUUGUAUGGAUGCGCAAUUGCUCAAGCUUUCUCACGCAUUUCCGCUGCCAAUCAAAUGGAUUCCUGCUACUUCCAAACCACUCCUUAAUCUCCCUUCAAUUCCCCAACCAAAACCCCCCUUUCCCCCGCCGUUUUCGAGAAAUCUCACCGCGACGGCCGCCCGCCGCAGCGACGCCACUUUCGACGAGGCAGCCUACGAGGCGGAGCGGCUGCGCUUGGAUGCCGCCGCCCGGGACUCCAUGGCCGAGCAAUCCGCAAUCGAAGGCGACCCCAAGGCAUGGAAGUGGGUUAUCAGGAAACGGAUUUGGGACUUGAUGGAGGCCCGGAAUAUAGCUCAAUUCCCCCGCCCCGUUCACCACCGCAUCCCCAAUUUCACCGGCGCCGCCGUUGCUGCUCAAAAAUUGAGUGAAUUGCAGGUGUUUAAAGAGGCGAAAUGUGUGAAAGUUAAUCCAGAUACGCCCCAAAAACAAGUCCGAUUCCUCACACUUAAUGGUGGCAAAAAGCUUUUGACUCCACAGCCACGUCUGAGGACCGGAUUCUUUUCUGUUCUUGAGUACUCAAUGUUGAGUCCUGACACUAUUAAGGAGGCAUGCACAUCUGUCGGAGUUGCCAAGUAUGGCAAGCCGAUAGGGCUGGAGGAAAAGAUAAAAGUGGACUUAAUCGUUGUUGGUUCUGUUGCUGUAGACCCAAAGACCGGGGCAAGACUUGGCAAGGGUGAGGGAUUUGCUGAACUUGAAUAUGGUAUGCUACGUUACAUGGGUUCCAUUGAUGACUCGACACCAAUUGUCACAUCUGUGCACGAUGAGCAAUUGGUGGAUGACAUACCCAUCGACAAACUACUGGUCCAUGAUGUACCCGUCGACAUCAUAUGCACUCCGACACGAGUUAUCUUCACCAACACCUCAAUUCCAAAACCUCAAGAAAACGACCGGAUUUCUGUUGCUCGUAGGAAUAUACUGGGACAAAUUAUCUCCAGAAAAGCUUGGUCAAAUUAAAAUACUAAGGGAGCUAAAGAGAAAAAUUGAACGCGAAACUGGGGAAAAGCUUCCCACUGGCCCCUCUGAGAAGUUACCCCCUACAGCGCGAAGGAAACGCUGAUGCUUCAAAAGCUUGCGCCUGCAUUAGCUUAUGUGCCUUGGUUUAUCCAUGUAAACACUUGCUUCCUCUCCUGUGUAAAGAAUAGUUUAGUUUACGAGUGAGACAAUUCAUAUUGAUGUUGAUUUUGAAUUAAUUCAUAAAUCAGAAGAAUGAGUGGCAAGUCCCACAUCGAAGAGAGUAGGAAGCUGUAUAGCGUGGGAUUGUGCUACAAAAUAAGAACUGAAUUCCUAAUUAUAACAAUGCAGCCGCGCGUUGAGCCCAUUGCGAACUA